CUUGUAGGUGGAGUAGACAUAGGGCAACAAGCAAUCUCUAUCGCAAGACAUCCCCAUGUUGUGGUUGCGACUCCUGGGCGUCUCUUCGAUCACUUAUCAAAUACCAAAGGUUUUAGCCUUCGGACAUUGAAAUACUUGGUCUUAGACGAGGCUGAUAAGUUGCUGAACAAGGACUUUGAGCAAACUAUUGAAGCCAUCAUGAAUAUCAUUCCUAAAGAGCGACGGACUUAUCUAUAUUCAGCUACUAUAACAAAAAAGGUCAACAAACUUCAGCGUGCUUGCCUUACAAAUCCUGUGAAGAUUGAAGCAGCCUCAAAAUAUUCCACUGUUUGUACCCUUGAGCAACAGUUAUGCAUUACUCCUGCGAAGGACAAGGACAUUUAUCUUGUUUAUAUUUUGACUAAGAAGUCUGGUAGAACAGCCAUGGUUUUUGUAAGCACUUGUGAUUCAACAUUGGUUCUGUCACGCAUCCUUUGCAUUCUUGGCUUCAAAGCUGUCCCCAUUAAUGGCCAAAUGAGCCAGUCAAAGAGAUUGGGAGCUUUGAACAAGUUCAAGGCAGGAGUAUGUAAUAUUCUUGUUUGUACCAAUGUGGCUAGCAGAGGUCUUGAUAUUCCGUCGGUUGAUAUGGUGAUCAAUUACGACAUCCCGACAAACCCUAAGGAUUAUAUUCAUCGUGUGGGUAGAACAGCACGUGCUGGACGAUCUGGACUGGCAAUAUCUUUGGCAAAUCAGAUUGAGAUUCUGUUCGGGUUCUAUGGAAACAUAGAGAAGCAUAUUGGCAAAACGCUUCCUUUGUAUCAGAAAGAUGAAAAAGAAGUAAUGUUGUGGGCCGACCGUGUAUCUGAUGCCAAGAGACUAUCAAAAAUGGAAACCCAGAAAAGAGAUUCCAGCAGGAAGAGGAAGAGAAAGUCCGAGUAAAACGAUGACGGAAGUUGAGAGAGAGAUGGCUACAGUUGACAAGAACGUGAGAAGCAUCCAGAAAAAAAUCGAAGAUGUGAUCGAAUGCAAGGAUUCAAGUGCCGUGGUACGGGAGUAUGCUGGUUAAGGGCUAGCAUGGAAUGGUGUGGGCAUCAUAUUGUGCUUUUGAUUGGCGCACAGAAACAAACACGCUUAGGCGAGGUCUUAUUUUGUUUUAUUGAUCCUAGUAAGGUUUUGUAAUAUUUUUUUUUGGAGGUCUUUUUAGAUAGCAAUCAUGGUUCUUGGCUUUAUUAUUGGUUACUUGUAAUCUAAAUGCUAAUUGCGAGGUCUCUUCGUGAAAGAUUAUAUAAUGUUCAUGUCAAAUGAAUUUUGACAUCAGUUAUAUAGAGUUCCAAAAUGAGCAAUGUUUUUAUA